AUGUCGGACAAGUGCAAAAAACCUGUAUCUAGUCACCCAGAAAAACUUACGGCUUCUAAAAAGAAAACCAUAACAAAGGGCACAAAGGACCUUAGUCGGGCUCCCAUUAGUACGGACAACAACCCAACGGAGCAAAUGACCCCGCAAACGAUGAGCGACAAUCCCUUGACUCCUACAGACUUGGGAAUGGUGGAGGAUCACGGAAAACUCCCAUCUGAAAAGUGUGGCGGAAAGGAUGAACUAGAACCAAACACUCAGGAGUCGUUCACCAUUUCCCCUAAUCUUGAAGAAGCAACCACGUCCUCCCCAGUGAUUGCAAAAUCUGGAUCAAGCCUCUUACGCAUCCGUGCACAAAUUAGACAUGCUAAAGCUGUGGAGUCUAAGGAAGCCCUUAGAUCCGCGUCAGAAACAGAAGACACCAUGGGGUCUGAUGCUGAAAGCGGGGACACCAACACCUCCCUAGACGCCUCCACGAGGUCUAUUGGGGGCAACCGUAUGCUGUUAAAUGAACUGCCCAGGCACGCUAACGAAAUACUUCAGCGAGCUAAAACAGACCUGGAGAAAUCUGGCAAUCUUAAGAGGGAGAUUCGGGAAAGCGUCGUCUCAGGGUUAUAUACUCUUUAUGAAAUGAUCCUUAAGUUGUCAGACUCACGAAUGCUCCACAUUCUUGAGUCAAACAAACAGAAAUUGAACGUUUCCCGAGAAUCUGAAAGGCUUACCCAAAGACAUGCAAGGUUUAUGCAUGAGACUUUGGGACAAUAUGCCCUCCUGAAAGAAAACAUAGAAAAACUUCAAAAAGAAACAGAAUCAGCAAGACUUAUUCUCUCUUAUGACCUUUGUGAGGCAGUUACCGCGACUAAGCGAGAACUGAUCAAUAUUAAAAAUGAGAUUUCAACUGGUCCAUCUCUUAUAAGCCAAAUACAAUCGCUAAGAGAGGAACUAAGGCAGCUCCAAGAAAAUAUAAGCAACCGUCAUGACCUCAAUAGAAAAGAAUUAGAUAUGUCACCCCUUGUUAAAGAAUUGCGAGAACUCCGUUGUAUGUUCGACGAACAUAUAUCAAAAAGGGAAAUAUAUCAGGCACCUAUUGCCAAUCCACCCCCCGAUACACUAUAUCAAGAAGAGCUUGCAGAACGCACUAAAACUUCAGAGCAAAUCGCAGAAAUAAAAUCGCAACUAAGCUCUGAAGUAAAAGAGUUGAGACAAAACAUCCUAGAAAUGUCACAAAAUGUACAAGGAUUAAUGACCUGCUACUCCAACUCUUCUUUGCCCUCAGUUCAAGCCAGCAUUGAAGAACUACGGAAGGACACAAAAGAACUCAGGGACACAACAGUGGAUUCUGCGGCUCCCAUUCGAGUGGCAAUAGAGGGCCUCAGGAAAGAACUCAAAAUUAUGUCACAGAUAGAAGAAACAGAACAGAUAAGGACACGGCGGUCUUAA